AUGGCGGCCGUGCGCCUGGCCGCGCUGCUGGCCGCCACCGUCUCCCAGUGCGGCUGCCACGGCGCGAGCUGCAACACGGUCACCCCAGGCACCUGCCUCCGUCAAGACUGCUUCGCGUGGCGAGGCCCGACGUACUGCUCCGCCCUGGAGAACUUCGCGUGCGUCUGCCGCCCCGGGCACUGCGUGAACCGCACGGGCGGCUGCUCGCCAGACCCUCGCGUGCCCACCGGCUGCACCGUCGGCCCGGGCAGGAUGCGAUCGUGCAUGCUGCAUGUCGAGCCCUGCGACGCUAGGAUGGAGUGCUCCAACGCCUUGUGGGGCGUGUGCCAGUGCUUGCCCGGAUUGUGCUGGGAUGACGAGACCAGCGAGUGCGUCUGCCCCCCAAGCGGGUGCCCAGACGGGCUCGCUGGCGGGCUCGGUGGGCGCCAGGGCGGUCCGACCCAGCAGCUCGCCGCUGCCGCCGGCGCCGCGGCUGCCUGCGGCGCCCUCGCCGCCGCCCUCGCCGUGGCCGCGCGGCGGCCGCCACCGCCAGGGCCCGCCGGCUCGUCCUGGCGCGGCGCGGCGCGGCCGCUGCUGGGGUCCGCCGCGGCGUGA